ACUCCUGUCAUUCGCCUGCCUGGUGCCGUCUUGGCCGCGUCGUGUGACCAACUCUCUCCGUCCGUGUGCUGUGCGCGUGUGUUCAUAAUAAAUAAUAAUAAUAAUAAUAAUAAUACAAAAAUCGUGUGCAUGUGUGCGUCCGCGAUCCGCGAGCGUUAAACUGUUUCCCGCCAGUGAUUUUAUUUCAUUAUUAUUUUAUCAUAAUUUUUUUCGUACCGUUUUUUAAUUAUAUUACCUAUAUCGUUUUGUGAUACUUACCUCGCAUUCACAGUUUUACUUAUGUGACGACGCUCAAGUGUAUACAAUUUUAAUACCACGUGACGCGUUCACUUGUCAUAUGGUUAUGAUAUUAAGUACUAUAAUAUUAAAUAUUAUUGUUUACGAACUAAAUCAAUUGAUCUCGUCGGGCGUUAAUUUUUUCAAUUUUUUUUUCUCAACUGCCGGUUGUUCAUCAUAUUUUUUAAAUGCUCGUGGACCGCUUCUUACGAACGCGACUAGUGCGUACCGCAGUCGAAAAUUACAAAACUGUGUUACGACAGCAGCAUUUUAAUAAUUUGUGAAUGAACUAAGAACAACGUGCGACGACGAGUGCGAUCGCGACGAAAACGACGACGACAACGACAUGUUCAUAGUCAUGACCACGUGUUUCAUCUUCAGUUACUUGCUACAGUUCGCGGCCAGCAUUACGUUGACGGCCAACACCUUGAUUGAUGCGGUAGGCAGUAGUAUCAGGUCUGUGUCAACUUCCUCCGCAGCAGUGGAAAGCUAUAAGAGGCCCCCAAACGGCGAGAACUAUUGGAUAGCUCACCCUGGCAUGUCAUUUUUAUGGUUAUUUCUUCUAUUUGUGGGAGUACUUUUUUACGCUCUUCAUAAUGCCUAUUAUAAGGUCGGUGAUUCGACCGAAGAUCCCCAGAUGCCCGAACAAAAUGAUCAACAGCAACAGCAGCAGUCAACCAACAUAGUUUCAAAACGAUCGAAAACCAAACAACAGAUCUGCGUCAAAAGCGACAACCUGGACACAAAUGACUCAGUAAAUUCGAAUUCAUCGAGCAAGAUUUCCAAUAGAACUGCACCGGUCAAUAAAUCAAAACCGCCGUUGGUGCCACCGUCGCCCGAAAAGAGUCACAAAUCUGCGGCAGCAGCAACUAUGGUCACUGUUGUAGAGCUGUCAGGUUAUGACAGCUUUUCAGGUAGUGAUGUAGACCAUAAUCACAACUAUGACGAUGAAGACCGAGACGAAGACUGUAGUAACAAUGACGAUGACGAUAACAAUAGUCAUCAAUUCCAGCAUCAGUAUCAUAACCGGUAUAAGAGGAACCGCCGACCCUCGUCGUCCUCGUCGUCGUCGUCAUCUUCGUCUUCGUCUUCGUCGUCAUCGUCUUCAUCAUCAUCGUCAUCGCCGCCCUGCAAGAACGUCAAGCAGGAUCGUCCGUCGAACGGUAAAAAGUCGUCGCCGUCGGUGACGUCCAAAGUCGGUAUCCAAGUGGAGAUGUCGUCCAGGACAAAAGUAAAACCGUCACAAGAACAUACGGCAACACAAAAUAAAUUACAACUGACGGGCGCGGCAGCAGUGCCAACGACGACGCCAUUGACGCGCUUUGAAAACCCGACUACCACUGUCCACAUUGACGAAAAAAUCAUCAUAAAAGAGGUCAAGAAAUCGACGGCAGAACAGAUGGCUAGGAUAACGGAGCAAACAAAACCACGGAACAAAGAAAAUGUUAAGCCGAAGGAAGUUGAAGACAGAAAUAAUAAUAGUAUUAUCAACAACAAUAACAAAAAAAAUAAUGAUAAUUUCGAAAAUGUGCCCAAGAAACCGGGUAAAAGGUCGCGGAAACGGCUCAAUAAGAAUAAACCACAAUUGUUGGAUGAGACGACGACGCCAAUGAAGACCAGGAAAACAACGGCCGAAGACGAAUCGACAAUUAUAAACGAAGUAUCUGCUGAACAGGACAAUCCUGUAAUCACGACUUCGAUUAUGCCACUCGCGGUGCCGUUAUCAUCGUCUCGACUAGCAUACCUGUCUUCUGCUAUUUCCAAAACAACUGACGUAUUCGAGGACAGUGUACGGAACACUUUACUUAUGAAUGACGAGGUCAUAUUUUUCUAUAUGGAUAAAUUUUACGUACUGACCGACGAUCAGAUGUUUCAAAACGGAUUUCCAUUAAAUCACGCGUUUUUUAAAGGGUGUGCGUAUUACCGCCGACAGAACAUGAGGCGUAAUGUACUUAAUCCUGUUGCAAAAGAGUUUUUAUUGGAUACCCAGAAAUGUUUGUCGACAACUCCACCACCAAUCCCUGAAAACCUCGCUAGUUGUAAGAUGAAUGACGGACAGCCGAAGCAAAAACAACAGAAGAAGAAGCAACAACAACAACAACAACAACAACAACAACAACAACAACAACAACAACAAAAACAACAGUUAUCAUCAAAUGAAUACGUUCCUUGUGCUCGCUGCACUUCGUUUUUCAAUGUUAAAGAUGAGGCCCGGUCUGCGGAACCCAACCGUUGUAUCUACCACUACGGCAAGUUAAAGUUCUGCGACCCUCUUACUACAUCGAUUACGUACGAAUGCUGCAAUGGCAGCCGGACGUCCCAGGGUUGCACCCAAGCUAACCGGCACGUGUGGAAUGGUUUUAUCGACGGCAUACACCCCGAAGUCGAUGAUUUCGUGACAUCUGAAUCAUCGUCGUUACCCAUAGACAUGGAUUAUCUAGAGGGCAAAAAACCGAAUCAUCACCGGAUGUACGCCUUGGAUUGUGAGAUGUGCUACACCGAGUGUGGACUGGAGGUAACCAAGGUGACGCUGGUAGACGUCUGUGGUACAGUCGUGUACGAUACGCUGGUCUUGCCCGAUCGGCCAAUAAUCGAUUACAACACCCGGUACAGUGGUAUUACCGCGGCUGACUUCGCGUGCCAUUCAUCCCAGACGUUGGACCAGGUCCGCAGAGAUCUAAUGCGGUACAUUGGCAAAGACACGAUACUUAUUGGCCAUGGACUGGAUACUGAUCUACUGGUACUUCGCUUCGUCCACAAGAAGGUAGUAGACACGUCUAUGCUGUUCUUUAACCCGAACUCGAGCGCCAGCUUUCACAAGAUGUCACUCAAAUCGCUGUCUUCCCGACUACUCAAGCGCGAGAUCCAAAUUGCCUACGGCCACGACAGCAAAGAGGACGCCCGGGCCGCUAUGGACCUAGUCCUGUACAGGAUCCGCCGUGAUUUUCAAGAAGGUAAAUAGCAGCGGGUCGUCCUGCGCCCGACUGAGCGCAGACCCCGUCACAAUGUGGUCUCACUGCUGCACCCCGCACUUCAUUUUGUCGUUGUUCCUAUUUAUUUUCAUACAUAUUAUUAAUGCUGUUAUCAUAAUCGCGCACGCGUACAUACGUAAUAUCAACUAUACAUUUUUAUAUCGUCGAGUAUUAUGUUUAUUGUAUAUAAUAUGUUUAUAAUAUUGAUGUAAGUACGCAUAUGUAUGUACGCGUGUGUGUAUUAAUAUUAUAAUGAUAAUAUGAUGUACACAUUUUUUUCCUAUUUUUUUUAAAAAAAAAAAGAAAACUUUUUAUACGACUCAUUUUCACUCACGUCUUGACAUUGUGAUAUAUUGAUCGACGAGCGAUCGGUCCUGUUAAAAGGUGAUCCCGUUCGAUCUAAUGACUGAAUGAUACGUCAACUCCCCCCUCCCCAGCCACAACUCUCCUUCCCCAUGCUUUUUGUACUUAUAAAAUAAUAAUAAAAUAUAUUGUACAAACA